AUCAUCUGUUCGCUUAAUGCGACCGGGUGUUGUUUGUUUAGUUCUACGUGGUCGAUUUGCUGGCCGUAAAGGAGUAAUAAUCAAGAGCUUUGAUGAAGGCUCUCAAGAAAAGCAGUAUGGGCAUGCGCUUGUCGUUGGCAUUGAUCGAUAUCCUCGAAAAAUCAUUCGGAGAAUGGGGAAAAGACGUCAAGAGAGUCGUUGCAAAAUAAAGCCUUUUGUUAAAGUUUUAAAUUACAAUCAUCUAUUGCCAACAAGACAUAUGGUAGAUAUGGGUGUUGAGACAAGGCUUGUGAAUAAAAAAGCACUUGAAGAUAUAAAAGCAAGACGCCGAGCUAAGCAGGAGGCUAAAAUGAAACUACAAAAAAGAUAUCGUUCAAAUCAAUACCCUUGGUUCUUCAUGAAACUAAGAUUUUAG